AUGGCCUCGUUGCUGAAAGGAGUUGGCUUCAUCACCGGUGCAGCGUCAGGAAUCGGGAAGGCGACCGCACAGUGUUUCGCAAGACAUGGAGUGCGACGGCUAGCUCUUGGCGACUUGAACAUCAAAGCGCUGGGGGACACGGCCACGGAGCUGAAGAACACUUAUCCAUGGCUCGAGAUCUUACCCCUCGAGCUCAACGCUGCGUCAGAGGAAUCCGUGGAAGAAUCCAUAUCUGCCACUGUGAAGAACCUCGGCCGUAUCGACUACGCCGUUAAUAAUGCUGGGAUCGCUGGUGCGGCAUGGAAGUCUGCCGAGUCGGAUCUUGCUGGCUGGCAGAAGACGCUAGACGUCAACUUGACUGGUGUCUGGUUGUGCUCACGGGCGGAGAUUAGGGCAAUGCUGAAGCAGGAUCCGCUUGAGCCAGACAAUCCACGAUUGAACCGAGGAGUCAUCGUCAACGUUGCGUCUAUGUACGGCGUGAUAGGAACGAACGCAAGCGUCGGAAACGUCAGCUAUACCGCCACGAAACACGGCGUCGUCGGCAUGACCAAAGCAGAUGCCGUUGCGUAUUGCAGACAGGGUAUCAGGAUAAAUGUUAUGUGCCCUGGAUACGUAGCCACUCCGCUGCUACAAAACGCAGGACCUGGAAUGCAAGGUGAGAUUGAGAGCACGCCAGUGAACAGGCUUGCGUCGAUGGAAGAGAUUGGUGACAGCAUCGUGUACAUGGCGAGUCCUUUGAGCAGUUUCAUGUACGGAGCCGCAAUGGUCGUCGAUGGUGGUUAUACGAUCCAAUGA